UGGUCAUGGUCAGAGCUGGCAAUGACGUCAUCAUCAUCAUCAAAGGGGUUCCUGAUCUUCAUCAUCAAAGGGUUCCUGAUCUUCAUCAUCAAAGGGUUCCUGAUCUUCUUCAUCAAAGAGUUCCUGAUCUUCAUCAUCGAAGAGUUUCUGAUCUUCAUCAUCAUCAAAGGGUUCCUGAUCUUCAUCAUCAUUGAAGGGUUUCCAGUCUUCGUCAUCCAAGAGCUCCUGAUCUUCAUCACCAUCGAAGAGGUCCCGAUCUUCAUCAUCAUCAAAGAGUUCCUGAUCUUCAUUGUCAUCAUUGAAGGGUCUGCAAUCUUCAUCAUCCUCAAAGAGGUCCCAAUCUUCAUCACCGUUGAAGGAUCUCCAACCUUCAUCAUCAUCGAAGAGUUCCUGAUCUUCAUCAUCCUCAAAGAGGUCCCAAUCUUCAUCAUCGUUGAAGGGUCUUCAACCUUCAUCAUCAUCAAAGAGUUCCUGAUCUUCAUCAUCAUCAAGGAGGUCCCAAUCUUCAUCAUCAUCAUCAAAGAGGUCCCAACCUUCAUCAUGAUCAAAGAUCUCCUGAUCUUCAUCAUCAUCAUCAAAGUGGUCCCAAUCUUCAUCAUCAUCAAAGACUCUCCAGCCUUCGUCAUCGUCAAAGGCUCCCCAGCCUUCAUCAUCCUCGGAGAGUCCCCAGAGUUCAUCAUCGUCCUCUGAAGGGUUCCGGCCUUCAUCCUCCUCAUCCUCCUCGGCCUCCGGGAGCUCCUGGCCUUCGUCGCGGUCGUUGGGGUCUCUGAUCUUGG